UCACUUUGUGAACUUCUUCAGUUUUCUCUUUUUAUUUCUCAGUUUUUCUGCUUUUUGUAAUGCGGUGUGAUUGAAGUCGUUUUCCUUUUGGGCUCUUUAAAUUCUGCCGACUUUUUGUACGUAUUUGUUGUUUGAGCUUCACAGAUUUGCUAACAGCUAAACUAUAAAAGUUCAAAUUCUGAAAUGUAACGCUGAUAACGAUAUUGGUAGCUGGAUGCUUGUAGUCUUGGAUGUUGUUGCUGGUGAAUGGUGAUGUUCGCGAACGGCUGCUGCUACAGCAGGUGAUGGUGUAGCGUACGAGUUGAAUCUUGCAUCCUUCAGAGAUCUGUCUAUUGUUCUGCAUCGGCCCUAUAAAACUCCGCCAUGGGACUGCUUACUGAUCCAGGCAGGAACGAUCAGUUCGCUAAGCUCUUGGGAGCGUACUAUAUGAAGCUGUCUGUGAUAGCCUAUGUCAUCGGCGUCGCCUGGCUCUUCUGUUUGGUUGACGACAAUUUUACUCUCAAGACUUACUUCUCUGAGAAUGCGCUACUUCCCGGAUUAGUGCAGCAUGAAUUCUCCUCCUUGAAUGAGAACUACGCUCUCAAACAGCAUCGCAUGCUGAUGGAUCUAUCCAAAGAGGAUAGUGGGUACGUUCGGGAACGGAUAAAGAAGAGCUUCCAAGAUUUGGGAUUGGAUGUUUACGAUCAUUAUUAUAAUUAUUCUACUCCAAAGCACCCAGACAAGAUUCGCAAUGGACAUGGCGUGUACGCCAUUGUACGGGCCUCCCGGGCCAAUAGUCUGGAAUCGAUCGUCAUUUCCGCACCAUUGCGUCCUGCUAACACAAAACAUAUUCGCACCGAAGGGAGCAUUGCCUUAAUGUUAGCUUUAGCGCAGCAUUUCCGGCAUAAGAACUACUGGUCAAAGGAUAUAAUUUUUCUUGUGACCGAUAAUGAGCAUUUUGGAGCGAAAGCAUGGGUGGAAGCGUAUCAUGGCUGUAAAAGUGCCGCUGUAAAUGCUCCUCUGUAUGGACGGGCAGGUUCGAUUCAGGCGGCAAUUAAUCUGGAAAUACCGUCUCCCGAUAUCGAUUACUUGGAUUUGCGCAUCGUCGGCAUCAACGGGCAGUUACCAAAUCUGGAUUUGGUUAAUUUGGUGAAGUUGCUGCUGUACAAGCAGGGCAUGCCAUUCGUGAUUCAUGGUUUUGUGGAAUUACUGGAGCGCACUCCACAUGACUACACGGAAAAAUAUCUGCGGGAUCUAAAAACCACCUUCAGGAUGGUCAAGUCGUCCGCUUUGGGGAGGCUCGAAGGAAAUCAUGGUUUUUUUCAGCAGUACAAUGUACAAUCACUGACGAUUAAGGGGAUCCAAAGCAUGGGAGGAAGCGGUCGAGGGCGGAUUGGAUUCUAUCGUUUAGCGGUAGCGCUGGAAGGCAUUUGUAGGAGCCUGAAUAAUUUACUGGAACGAUUCCACCAGUCGUUUUUCUUUUACCUAAUGACUUCUCCUAACCGCUUUAUAUCCAUUGGAAUGUAUACGCCACCUUUUGGAUUGCUGAUUCUUCCUUUGGUUAUCAAUGCGUUGGCGCUGUGGGCACGGGACAGUUCUGCAAAAUCUCCAGCAGACAACAGCCUGUCUUCCGUCUCGACUGAUAAGACUUCCGUUGCCGCGGUUCUGCCUUGGCUAGUGAUGGCACAUGUUGUUGGCGUAGCUUCCUUUAUGGGACAGUUUUUCUUGGAUUUCUCUGAUUUGCCGCAGUCGCUGGGCACCAUCAUACUGGAAGUAAUGUAUUUACUUUUCUGCUCCCGGUUUAUGACAAAACGUGAUGCGAACUGCUUAAAAAGUCUCAGCUUAAUUGAAAUGGCAAUUGGCCUGUAUGCGUUGUCGAUGUUGAAUUUCCCUCUGGCUUUGCUUGUCGCAUUAUUUGCGGUCCCGGUAGCAGUUUGGACCUCCAACGACCAACCUUCGCCGGCUCGAAUUGUUCACGCUGGAUUGAUCAUCUUGCUGUAUCCCAUUUUUCCUGUAGUGUUAAGCAAUGUCUGGCAUAAACUACCGGAAGUGUAUGAUCCAGUCGUCGCUAAUGAUGUGUUUGAGAUGGGCACUCGCAGCAUUUCUGCCAUGAUCUCUGAAUAUUUUGAAUACGGGAACUGGUUGGAUCCUGUGACAUUCUUGUUCCUGAUGCCUUUAUGGAUUUUGCACUGGAUGACGUUCUGGGCGAGAUGAAUUAUACGAGAAUCUGUUAUAGUAUUGCUCUCACACGGACUGUGACAUUGUUUCCUUUGUUAAAGAUUGAUGCUAGAUACGAAGAACUUGUAUACUUUCUACUGCUGUAGAAAGUUCUUGUAGGCCCGUACUUUUGUACCUGAUAUAGUUCUGCUUUUUCGGUUGUCAUGAAAUGUAUUUUUUCUAUUAAUUUACGGGAGCAGUCAAAUUACGAUUGUCGUAAACAUAAAUUACACUGUGAUU